AUGGUGAGUCCUGCUCAGCCCUCUCUUGUCGCUCUCCUGCCGUCUCCAGAGAGCUUAAGGGGAGGGGAGGAUCCCACAGGGAAGGAGCAGAGUUUUUUGGCCAGAGCAUUUCACUGGGAAGGAAAAUUGUUUGCCCUUGGUCCCAGGAACGGCUCCCAGAGUCUGGACUUAGCGAUGGCUCAGGAAUCAUGCGCUGCAGUAGGAGCUCGAUUAGCCAGCAGAGAAGAACUAAGGAGAGCCAUAAGAGAUUGUUCCUUUGCUGUGUGUACCAGGGGCUGGCUGGCGGAUGGCACGGUUGGGACAACUGUGUGCAACAGGACAGGCAGCAAGCCACAGAGCGUGAAAAUUACUGAUGUUCAGAUUGAAAUGGAUCCCUCUCCAAGUGGCAGAUACGAUGCUCUUUGUGUGAAAGUUGAAGGCAAACCAUGUGGAGACCCACCUUCCUUUCCUCACACAGUUCUCCACGGCCAGACCGGGUUUGAAAUGGGUGAUGAGCUGCACUAUGUCUGUGCUCAGGGGUAUGUCAUGAGUAACAAAGACGCUGCUUUCACUCUGCUCUGUCACACCUGUGGGGAAUGGUUUGGUCAAGUCCAAGCUUGUGUCAAAGAUGAAACUGAGGGACAUAUCGAUUAUGAAGACAAUUUCCCCGAUGACCGAUCUAUUUCUACCGAAGAACAUGAACACAAUGCCAAAGAGGCAGAGGAGAAGGAAAAUGAGCAAGAGAAAGCCAUCCAUGAUGAGAAGACCCAGUUUGCUGACGACGACAACCAUAUUGGCGUGAAAACUGCAUAUAACAAGAAAGGCACCAAAAUGAUAUAUGAAGGUGAGGACUUCCCCGUUGGACCUGCCAUUGUGAACAAUGAUACAAAAGCAACAAAAAGUACAGACUCUCAUACAGAUGAGUCCUGGCUAGAUGGUUACCCAGUUACUCAAGAAGCUGUAGAAGAAGUUGAGGAGGAGGAAGGGGAUAAAAUUGAUGGAUCGAUGGGAAUGGAAUAUGACAUUGGCACUGACCAACUGAACCAUGCUGAUGUCAGGAAUACAGGCAGCAGCCCAGAAAAGGAUUUUGUGCAGGCUGGGACAGUCCCGUCACUGACACACACUGAUGGGAGCAAAAGAAUACAAGGGACUCUAACACCAACCACUGUUCCAGAGAACGUCAGUGUAAGCAAAGAUGACAACACCAGGUAUGUCUCAACGACACCUAUGGGAAUCAUCACACAAGAGUUGUCAUCCGCAACCACAGCCACGAGCUUGAAUUUGGCCACACUGGAGACUUCUACAGUUUUCCAUCUCAUUGACCCCAUUCCCUUGCCAGAGGAAGUAGAACCGAUGACUUCCUCCUCCAUGCAAGUAGUUACUACUAUACCUUCUCAAAAUAGCUUUACUGAUACACCAGAUGUUGUUGAGGGAGAAGCUUUGACCUAUGGACUUGGUGGGAAGCUUUUGAGCACUUUUGAACCAUGUGUGGGAGCAAGUUGUUCCAGUUCCAGUAAAGAUCCCAUGAUAGCCAUUGGAGUGACUGUUGUAUGCCUAAUUUUGCUUGCGUUGAUCUUGGCAGUGUGGUGCUUCAAGAAACGGCAACAGAAGACCUCUGUUUAUAAGUUGAAUGGGAAGGAUCAUGCUAGGCACCAGCUGCAACAGAUUGAAAUGCAGAAAGUCUAACCCAGCUGUAUACAUUAUUGGAAAGAAAUGCAUGGAGGAGAGACAUGGAAACUGAUUGAACAAAUGGAUAGUAAUGUCCACUAGUUCAGAAAGAAGACCUGUGUAUGGAACAGCAGGACCUGCACUAACUGAAAUCACAACUUAUUGUGAUAUUGGGAUUAAUUUGGAUAUCUAUAGUUUUUAACCACCUUGAGGAUUGCCAGGGCUGAUUCACAGAAGCAUAUUUUAUCUCUUGAUGACUGUAUAUAUAAGGCAGCGACUCGGUUUUCCG